AGGUAGAACAGCAUUCAGAGGUGAGUUUAACAACGCUCCACGGUGCGUGUAGUAAGAAGUUUAAGCGUUUUCUGGUCACAGGGUAAGUGACUAAUUAGGGUGCAUGCUGGAUAAUGUAUUUUUAUAGGACUCUGGUAUUGAUAAAUAAAUAUGUAUAUAUGCUUGUGUUCGAUUAAUCAAUGUCUUGUUUGUUUAUUUAUUUAUUUAUUAAAAAUCCUCAAAAUUAAUAACGCUGACGUCAUUGUAUGGCGCGAUCGCGAUCCCAAGGUCCAUUGCGAUUUUCCACUCGGUAAGUAGAAAAGUUAAUUAAUAGAGAUCGAGACUAUUCUUAAAUUCACACACUAAAAACUGUAGAAUCAGGUCAAGUUGUGUUUAGAACUUUUAGAAGUGUAAGGCAGCAAUUUAUUAGGACGGUUAAUGAUAGAAAACUUUUUUAUAUAUAUAAAUUACUUGCUGCACCAAAUGUGCAGUAGGCUAGCAAAGUUAGCUAAUUAAAUUCAAGUUAAUUUUUUUCGCAUAUAAUCAUGAAGGUGCAAUCAUGGGGAAUACAAGAUUUUCAGUACUGAUGUGUUUCCAGUUACCUAUUUUACAUACUCAGACUGCCACUUUAGCCAACAUUAUAAAUGGUCCGGUAAAAAACAGGGUUGCCAGAUUAGUUUGUUUUCCAGCCCAGUAAUUGUUUAAAAUCCACAAAUAAUCUGACAAUAAACGCCUAAAUAUUAUCUAUAAUAAACAGUAGAAACAAAUUCAUAACAACAACAUUAUUGUGUCUCAGCACAAUUUCUCACUAUGAAAUAAAACCAUGUGUAUAAUUAAUGUAGUAAUAAAUUAUGUUGUCAUAAGUUAUUAAUUGAUUCAUGUACUUUUUACAGUGAGUUCUGCUGUGGUUUUGUUUGGAACUAAUUUUGUUGGCGAAAUAGAGAAAAACUUACAUUAUUAACAAUUUUUGUGUAAAAUGUAUUUAACAGUAUUAACUUUUUGCUUAUUCAACUGUAUAAAAUCAAUUUUACAUACACUCAAGCCCAAUCUGGCAACACAGGUGAAGAGAAUACUGAUGUAAAAUGUUCAAUUCUGUUUUUUUGUUUGUCUCUUUGUUUUUUCUUUUUCAUCAUUAGGUCCCUCAAAUUUGCCAGCAAAAAUUAUCUUUAUUCUAACACUCCAACACAUACACACACACACACACACACACACAAAUAAAUAACAAAGGCACUUUUAAGAGCCACGUCCAUCUUGUUAACCUGUACCCAUCACCUGUACUCUCUUCAGCUCUCUCUCUCUGUCUCUCCUCUCUGUCUCUCUUUGUCCCCCCCCUCCCUGUUUUAUUUGUCCAUCUCUUUGUUGUGAGUCUUUCUGUCUGUUUGUUUUUCUGCCCAUCACUAUGUCCAUGAGUGAUUCAGAAAUCCAAGAAAAUCUAAUGGUCUUGGAUAACUUGGUUGAUCAUCAAGAACUGAAGGAUGAGCUCCAAAGUCUUGAUGACUUUCUUGGUGAGCUGCAAGAAGAGGAGGCGGCAGCAGCACCAGCAAAGAUGCCUGAGCCAAGGCAACCAAGGGUGCACUGGAGAAAAAGAGACGUGCAUGGAAAUAUUGUCUAUGCAAGGCCAAGAUCAAGCAGGCAUCAGUCAAAAAAGGCUGAUCACAUUCAGAACAUUGAUCCUCCCUUCAAUGCUCCUGACACUAACUGUGAGGUGGCCUUUGCUCCAGAGACUGUUGAGUGUUUUCUACAAGAUCUCCAGCACUCACUGAGCGAUUCCUCAGGUGAUGAGGCAUCACCUCUUGGAACCCCAAGAGAUCCUCUUCUGGCAUCCUCGAACUGGAGCAUACGUCAGAGUCUCUUUUCAGAGAGGUGGAGGGCAGAGAGACCCCGUCUGGUAAACACGGCUGCAGCAAAAGAAAGUGUGGCAACACACAUCUGCCAACAGUGUAGGAGCAGUCCAGCAGUUAUCCGGUGUUGUGACUGUCGACCACGCCCCUUCUUCUGUGCUGAAUGUGACAUCAGCAUGCACACCAGACAUGUCCUCCACAAUAGAGAUGCCAUGACUGCUGGAUUCUUCCAGCCAUUGCCUCCAACAACUGUUGUGGUGGAUAAGGCUCUUUCCCAAUGUGUGCGGCUUGUACCUGUGGAAAUGCCUGAAAAAAUCUGUGGUUGUUCACCAGAGUCAUUGAGGGUCAGUCCAGGAAAGACUGUUGCUGUGGUCACAAUGAAUGGACGAUAUGAUCUAAGCAUGCCCGAGUUAUUUUGUGAGGCAUGCCAAGCCACUUGGACUGCUGCAGUGGCCGACCUAAACAGCAGUGACUACUGGCCGGCAACCCUUCAGUUUGCCACAAUGUAUACUACCGAUAUAUUUUUCUCAUUUGAGGAAAUGAAGAUGGUGACACCAGGACUGUCCUGCCAAGCAUUUUUAAGAAUGCUGGAUCAGCGAACUGUUCGCUUUGGUCGUACUGGCAAGAUCUCUGCAGACAGUUUUCAGAAGAGUUUUUUUGAGUGGGAGGCUGUACGAUUUGAGGUGGACAGUAUAUGCAAGGAAGAGCCCUUCAUCUGCCCUGCAUGCACCCCAAAUAUGCUCGCCGUUUCCGUAGAUGGAAACCGCAAGCACUACCGUUUUAAGAAUGCUGCUAGAUCUGAGGAACAGGCCAUCUUUGAAGGCAUCUUUAUAGCCAAGGAUGAAGAUGUUACGAGAUUUGUGGACCACAUUCACAGCACAACCAAACAUGUCGGUGGGAGAGGUGUUUGUGGAGGCGAGUGGUCAGCAGCCAGAGAGACCUCCCAAAGAUCUGCCAGCAAGGUAGACGAAGAGGGAUUGGAGCUUGCGGUUUGUCGACACGGAGUGCUGCUCUGUGCUUUAAAUAUGUACAGGGGUGAAAUUUUUGCCUAUCCCCUGUACCUUCAAGAAAAGCUGGCCAGUAGGCAAGUCACUUUUUUUUGUAUGGAUGUGACCUGCAAAUAUUGGCCCUACCUGCAAAGAGUUGCAAAAAGCUGCCCAGAGCUCCAGCACCUCCUGAACAUGAGGCCAUUCCUUUCGGUAUUUCAUGCCAAAGCACAUGAUUUUAAAUGCGAGGUGAAAUGGAGUGGGGCGUAUCAGGAUGGGGCUGGACUAACACUAGGGGAGGAGGUGGAACAGUGCAAUGCCUUCCUCUCUAGGAUUGCAGUGACGACAAAACAUAUGUCAAAAGCAGGACGCACAGACAUGCUGACUCUCAUGGCCAUGCGCUGGAAUCAGCAAAAGUUCAGAAAUUUGGCAGUUUCACUGUCUCGCCGAUAUCAGAAGACCAGAAAAGCUCUGCAAAGCCAGUUACGAAACCUAGAGUCCAUGAAAGCCCAAUUGGCAGUGACAGAGAGCCAAUUGGAAGACUGGGUCAGUGAUGUAAAGGAGUGGGCAGAUGCAGCAACAGUAACAACCACAAAUGAUGCUGAUGGCUUGGCCAGCAGAAUUGAGGUCCUGGUAGCGAGUAUCAAGAGACGUUCCCAGCGUCUCUAUAAAGAUACCGAUGGGAACAAAGGUCGUGCCAGAAUCCGCCGCAAGAUCAGGGAGGAGAAGGGGAUCCUGACAUCUGUUGUGGAGAAAUACAACAGAAUGGUUCCGAGCACAGAAAGUCUUUGCAUGGAAACCAUUCUGUCUGGUGAAACAGCUUGGCCAUGGCAGCUACCACACAAUGACUCUGUCGAUCUAAGGACAAAAAGAAGAGCGUUUGACAUCAUCAUGUCAGUAAGAAGACUUGAGGAAGAGCUGAAGAUUCUUGUGGCAGAGAUGGACCACCACUGGAAAUCUCUUUCAACUCGUGCUGAUAACCUCAGAGAGCUGUCCCGCAUGUUUGCCAGUGAGAAAAUGAGAAAUUCACCAUGUGGCCUAAGUGAAGAGGGUUUGAAAGGUCUGCAGAGCAUCAUCCUCAGAAAGCAACAUAAAGUCAGAGAAAUGAAGGUGCAAGCAAGAGACUGUUACCUGCAAGUUUUGUCUGGAGAAGGCAACAUCAACUUUUUGUACAGUGCUUCAGCUGAUGAGUACGACAGUGACUGUGAAAUGUCUGAUGACGGACUGUAAUCCACAAGACUGUGACACCUUUCAUCAUUCUGG